CCGUGGCGUGCAGCGUUCUGAGCCUGCGCGUUGCCAUCCGCCGCACAGCCAGCUUAACGCAACCCAUACACCUCGAAAGCUGAAGUGCCGCACUCCAGCCGCCGCCAGGGCCCGACUCUCGCGAGAACUCCCUGGGCCAUCCUCGCACCUUCCACGACUCCUCCCGGGAUCGGGAGGAAGUUCCGGAGAGCCGCGGCGCGCAAACGCGACACGCCAGCCUUGCGCCAGCGCGCCGCAAGUGCGCAGGCGCCGCCACUCUGCUGCUCUUCCUCGUCCCUCUGCCUACAUCUGGUUGUCGGGUCCUAUGUCGCGCCGGGCCCUCCGGAGACUGAGGGGGGAACAGCGCGGCCAGGAACCCCUAGGGCCCGACGCCCUGCAGUUUGUCCUCCUUGAUGACGAUGACGCAGAGGAAGAGGGACCAAAACCGGGGCUGGGUGGCCGGCGCACCGGGGGUGCAGGGAAGGAAGGAGUCCGUGUCAACAACCGGUUCGAGCUGAUAAACAUUGAGGACCUUGAGGAUGACCUUGUGGUAAAUGGGGAGAGGUCUGACUGUACCCUGCCAGACUCUGCGUCAUCAGGGAACAAAGGAAGGGCUAAACAUGGAAACCCAGAGAACAAGCAGGAUGGAGAUGCUGCAGCCAAAGCAGGGUCCUCGGAACAGUCUAAUGCAAGUGGCAAACUCCGAAAGAAGAAAAAGAAGCAGAAAAAUAAGAAAAGCUGCACAGGAGAAUCCUCGGAGAAUGGACUAGAAGACAUUGAUCGCAUCUUAGAGAGGAUUGAAGACAGCAGUGGGUUCAGCCACCCAGGCCCCCCUCCACUGAGCUCCAGGAAGCACGUCCUGUAUGUGGAGCACAGACACUUGAAUCCAGACACCGAACUGAAGAGAUAUUUUGGUGCUCGAGCGGUCCUGGGCGAGCAAAGACCUCGGCAGAGACAGCGCGUGUAUCCCAAGUGUACAUGGCUGACGACCCCUAAGAGCACCUGGCCCCGAUACAGCAAACCAGGUCUGUCAAUGCGGCUGCUGGAGUCCAAGAAAGGCCUUUCUUUCUUUGCAUUUGAGCACAGUGAAGAAUACCAACAAGCACAGCACAAGUUCCUGGUGGCUGUGGAGUCCAUGGAGCCAAACAACAUCGUGGCUCUGCUCCAGACAAGCCCCUAUCAUGUCGACUCACUUCUUCAGCUCAGUGACGCCUGCCGCUUUCAGGAGGAUCAGGAGAUGGCUCGAGACCUGAUCGAGAGAGCCCUGUACAGCAUGGAGUGUGCGUUCCACCCCUUGUUCAGCCUCACCAGUGGGACUUGCAGGCUGGAUUACCGCAGACCUGAGAACAGGAGCUUCUACCUGGCCCUCUACAAGCAGAUGAGCUUCUUGGAGAAGCGUGGCUGCCCACGUACUGCACUGGAGUACUGCAAGCUCAUCCUGAGCCUUGAGCCAGAUGAGGACCCCCUGUGCAUGCUGCUGCUCAUUGACCACCUGGCCUUGAGGGCCCGGAAUUAUGAGUACCUGAUCCGCCUCUUCCAGGAGUGGGAGGCUCAUCGGAACCUGUCCCAGCUCCCAAAUUUUGCCUUCUCAGUUCCAUUGGCGUAUUUCCUUCUGAGUCAGCAAACAGACUUACCUGAGCACGAGCUCAGCUCUGCCAGGCAGCAGGCUUCCCUCCUGAUACAGCAGGCGCUCACCAUGUUCCCUGGAGUUCUUAUGCCAUUGCUGGAGUAUUGCAGUGUACGACCUGACGCCACAGUCUCAAACCACCGCUUCUUUGGGCCGGAUGCCGAGAUCAGCCAGCCUCCUGCCCUGAGCCAGCUGGUGAGUCUGUACCUUGGGAGGUCACACUUUCUUUGGAAAGAGCCCGCCAUCAUGAGCUGGCUGGAGGAAAAUGUCCACGAAGUUCUGGAAGCAGUGGAUUCUGGAGACCCUGCCGUGGAGGCCUGUGAGAACAGGCGGAAAGUGCUGUACCAGCGUGCACCCAGAAACAUCCACCGCCAUGUGAUCCUGUCUGAGAUCAAGGAGGCUGUCGCUGCCCUACCCUCGGAUGUGACCACACAGUCUGUUAUGGGGUUUGACCCUCUGCCUCCCGUGGACACCAUCUACUCCUACGUCAGACCGGAGAGGCUGAGUCCAGUCAGCCACGGAAACACAAUCGCCCUCUUCUUCCGGUCAUUAUUGCCAAAUUACACCACAGAGGGGGAGAGGCUGGAGGAAGGAGUGGCCGGGGGUCCGAACCGCAAUCAAGGCUUGAACAGGCUGAUGUUGGCCGUGCGUGACAUGAUGGCCAACUUCCACUUCAACGACCUGGAGGUGCCUCGGGAGGACAAUCCUGAGGGCGAGGGGGACUGGGACUGAACUGUUCAGACACUGUGCCCAGAGCUGUGCAAUCAUGUUCCUGAUUUCGUUUCUGGUUGGAGUUAACCAGUUCCCGAGUAGAAAUGCUGACCAUGCCAUCACGUGUGUUUUUUUCUCCCUCUAAAUGGAGUGGGUUAUGCUCUGUGAGUGAGCGUCCUCCAGUGUCCUCGGAAAUAGCCCCAGAAGCCGUGAGCCCCACACUGAAUGAACCAUGUGCCUCACACUUUGGAGUUGGUAACAUGGUGCAGAGAAGGGUUGUCCCCGAGUCCACAGUACCAGGACCCUACCAGCUCCUUGCUAAGGGCACUGAACCUUCACACAUGCUACACCCACCAUGUUGGCAGUGCUGGGGUCAAACCCAGGGCCUGGCACACAAUCUACCACUGAAUGACAGUCCCAGCCUGAGAAUCUUACUAGAAAACUUGGAGGGCUGGAAAUGUGUCUCAGCUAGUAGACUGUUUGCUUCGUGUGCACAACCCUUAGGAUUUGAUCUCCAGCACAGCACAAACCAGCGGUGUGAAUGUUCAUGUGUACUCAGCACCCAAGCACAGAGCGCAACAAGAGGAUUAAGAGUUCAGAACCAUCCUCUGCUAUAGUGAGCUCAGAGCCGGUCAUAGUUCCAUGAGAUCCCAUCUCAACAAAGGGUUGGGGCAUGAGGGGCCUAGAAUAGAAAGAGAAGUAAAAAAAAA